GUGGCUGUGGCUGUGGUGGUGGCGGCGGCGGCGGUGGCGGCGCCGGGGCGGCGGCGGCAGCAGAAGCAGCAGCAGCAGCAGCAGCAGCAGCAGCAACGGCAGCAACCCUGAGCAGGAUAUGGUGCAAGAUAUUUCUUCAAGACUGGACAUCUGAGGACCUGUUAUUUCUGAUUAGCCUUAAGCAAACUUGCAGUCAAAGAGAAACCUCACGGAGUUCCAUAUUUUGCUUUUCGCUUUAUACCUUUCCUGGAACCUAAAUUCAUCUUGUAACCAUGUAUGGAAGCGCUCGCUCAGUUGGGAAGGUGGAACCAAGCAACCAGAGCCCUGGGCGUUCACCUAGGCUUCCACGUUCCCCUCGAUUGGGUCAUCGUCGAACCAAUAGUACAGGAGGGAGUUCUGGAAGCAGUGUUGGAGGUGGCAGUGGGAAAACCCUUUCAAUGGAGAAUAUCCAGUCCUUAAAUGCUGCCUAUGCCACGUCUGGCCCUAUGUACCUAAGUGACCAUGAAAAUGUGGGUUCAGAAACCCCUAAAAGCACCAUGACACUUGGCCGUUCUGGGGGACGUCUUCCUUAUGGUGUUAGGAUGACUGCUAUGGGCAGUAGUCCCAAUAUAGCUAGCAGUGGGGUUGCUAGUGACACCAUAGCAUUUGGAGAGCAUCACCUCCCUCCUGUGAGUAUGGCAUCUACUGUUCCGCACUCUCUUCGUCAGGCAAGAGAUAACACAAUCAUGGAUCUGCAGACACAGCUAAAGGAAGUAUUAAGGGAAAAUGAUCUCUUGCGGAAGGAUGUGGAAGUAAAGGAGAGCAAAUUAAGUUCUUCAAUGAAUAGCAUCAAGACCUUCUGGAGCCCAGAGCUGAAGAAAGAACGAGCCCUCAGAAAAGAUGAAGCUUCCAAAAUCACUAUUUGGAAGGAACACUAUAGGGUUGUGCAGGAGGAAAACCAGCACAUGCAGAUGACAAUCCAGGCUCUCCAAGAUGAAUUACGGAUCCAGAGGGACCUGAAUCAGCUAUUUCAGCAAGAUAGCAGCAGUCGGACUGGUGAACCUUGUGUGGCAGAGCUAACAGAAGAGAACUUCCAGAGGCUACAUGCUGAACAUGAAAGACAGGCCAAAGAGCUAUUCCUUCUUCGAAAGACUCUGGAGGAAAUGGAACUGCGCAUUGAGACUCAGAAGCAAACCCUGAAUGCUCGCGAUGAAUCCAUCAAGAAACUUCUGGAGAUGUUGCAGAGCAAAGGACUUUCUGCUAAGGCUACUGAGGAAGACCAUGAGCGAACAAGACGACUGGCAGAAGCAGAGAUGCAUGUCCACCACCUAGAAAGCCUUUUGGAGCAGAAGGAAAAAGAGAACAGUAUGUUGAGAGAGGAGAUGCAUCGGAGAUUUGAGAAUGCUCCUGAUUCUGCCAAGACAAAAGCUCUGCAAACUGUUAUUGAAAUGAAGGAUUCAAAAAUUUCCUCUAUGGAACGUGGGCUCCGAGACUUGGAGGAGGAAAUUCAGAUGCUGAAAUCGAAUGGGGCUUUGAGUACUGAAGAACGGGAGGAAGAAAUGAAGCAAAUGGAGGUCUAUCGGAGUCAUUCCAAAUUUAUGAAAAAUAAGGUAGAGCAACUGAAGGAGGAACUAAGUUCGAAAGAGGCUCAAGGGGAGGAGCUGAAAAAGAAAGCAGCUGGUCUUCAGGCUGAGGUCUUUGCCAUUGGUCAGGUGAAACAGGAGCUCUCCAGAAAGGACACAGAACUACUAGCUCUACAGACAAAGCUAGAAACUCUUACGAACCAGUUUUCAGACAGUAAGCAACACAUUGAAGUGCUGAAGGAGUCCCUGACUGCUAAGGAACAAAGGGCUGCCAUCCUGCAGACCGAGGUGGAUGCUCUUCGAUUGCGUUUGGAAGAAAAGGAAACCAUGCUUAAUAAGAAGACAAAACAAAUUCAGGAUAUGGCUGAGGAGAAGGGAACACAAGCUGGUGAAAUACAUGACCUCAAGGACAUGCUGGAUGUUAAGGAGCGGAAGGUUAAUGUUCUUCAGAAGAAGAUUGAAAAUCUUCAAGAGCAACUUAGAGAUAAGGAAAAGCAGAUGAGCAGCUUAAAAGAACGAGUCAAAUCCUUGCAAGCUGAUACCACCAACACUGACACUGCCUUGACGACUUUGGAGGAGGCCCUGGCAGAGAAAGAACGGACAAUUGAACGCUUAAAGGAGCAGCGGGACAGAGAUGAGCGAGAGAAGCAAGAGGAAAUUGAUAACUACAAAAAAGAUCUUAAAGACCUGAAAGAAAAAGUCAGCCUAUUGCAAGGCGACCUCUCAGAGAAAGAGGCUUCACUCUUGGAUCUGAAAGAGCAUGCUUCUUCCCUGGCUUCCUCAGGACUGAAAAAAGACUCCCGGUUAAAGACAUUAGAGAUUGCUUUGGAGCAGAAGAAGGAGGAAUGUCUGAAAAUGGAAUCACAGUUGAAAAAGGCACACGAGGCAACAUUGGAAGCCAGAGCUAGUCCAGAGAUGAGUGACCGAAUACAGCAAUUGGAGAGAGAGAUUGCAAGGUGCAAAGAUGAAUCCAGCAAGGCCCAGGCAGAAGUUGACCGCCUCUUGGAAAUUUUGAAGGAAGUAGAAAAUGAGAAGAAUGACAAAGAUAAGAAGAUUGCUGAGUUGGAAAGGCAAGUGAAAGACCAGAAUAAGAAGGUAGCAAAUCUGAAGCACAAGGAACAGGUGGAAAAGAAGAAGAGUGCACAGAUGCUAGAGGAGGCGCGGCGAAGGGAGGACAGUCUCAAUGACAGCUCUGCACAACUCCAGGACAGUCUCCGUAAGAAGGAUGACAGAAUUGAAGAGCUGGAAGAAGCACUAAGAGAGAGUGUACAGAUAACUGCAGAGCGAGAAAUGGUGCUCGCACAAGAGGAAUCAGCCAGGACCAGUGCUGAAAAACAGGUGGAGGAGUUACUGAUGGCCAUGGAAAAAGUAAAGCAGGAACUAGAGUCCAUGAAGGCAAAGCUGUCCUCUACUCAACAGUCUCUGGCAGAAAAGGAAACUCAUUUGACCAAUCUUCGGGCAGAAAGAAGGAAACACCUAGAGGAAGUCCUGGAGAUGAAGCAAGAAGCUCUUCUGGCUGCCAUUAGUGAAAAAGAUGCCAAUAUAGCUCUUUUGGAGCUUUCAUCCUCUAAGAAAAAGACUCAGGAGGAAGUGGCUGCACUAAAGCGGGAGAAGGAUCGUCUGGUGCAGCAGCUCAAGCAGCAGACGCAAAAUCGAAUGAAACUAAUGGCCGACAACUAUGAGGAUGACCACUUCAAAUCUGCCCAUUCCAAUCAAAGCAAUCAUAAACCCUCCCCAGACCAGAUCAUCCAGCCCCUCUUAGAACUUGACCAAAAUAGAAGCAAAUUAAAAUUGUAUAUUGGACACCUGACAGCCCUCUGCCAUGACCGAAACCCCCUGAUCCUUCGUGGGCUCACUCCACCAGCUUCCUAUACCUUGGACGAUGACCAGACAACUUGGGAGAAUGAGCUGCAGAAGAUGACCCAGGAACAGCUUCAAAAGGAGUUAGAAAAAGUUGAGCGGGACAAUGCAGAGCUGCAGGAGUUUGCCAAUGCCAUUCUCCAGCAGAUAGCAGACCACUGCCCCGACAUCCUGGAGCAGGUGGUCAACGCAUUGGAGGAGUCCUCCUGACCCUGCUCCACGGAGAGUGGCGAGCCCCGCAGCCCAACAGAGUGCACCCAGGAGCCAAGGAAGGAGAGCUACAAGGAACAGGUGCCGUGCGAACACUACGAACUCUGUCCUCCCUUGGUUAGUCCUGCAAGUGUGAUUCCAGCACCUUUCUACGUCUGUCACCUUACUCUGCCUUUCUUCUUGGGAUGUUUUCUCUACAUUCAUUUUUUUGAUGUCCUGGGUGAGUAAGCGGCCAAGUCCCUGUGAAGAACUGCCAUCUAGUCGUCAACAGUGAAGAACUCUGGAAGCUGGUGCUCUGCCCUCACAGAGGGACAUGGAGUAGGGAGCCUCUUACCUUCUGCCCUUGAUGUGAGAACUAAAUCUGGAAUCUGCUUGGAGCUCAACAUACUGAGAGAAUGCUUCCCCAUGGACAAGAGAGCUGAGUGUCCUAAUAUCACAAUAGGUGCUUUCUCCUAAAAAGGUAUAAAAAAAACCUCAGAGAUAUUAUUAGAAAAAGAAAGAGGGGAAAAGAGGGAAUAGGGACAAAGAGAAAACCAACUCCUCUUUUUACUGUCUCUGUGUUUACUUUUCAUCUGCAGUGUUUCAGGCAGGCGAGCUGCAAGCAGGCCUCCCUGUGGCCCCGUGAACACUAAUGCCCCAGCCUGUCCUUCUCACUCAGCCGUGCCCCUCUCCUCAGCCAGUUAACAGGAGGGCAAUGCAAGCAGUUCUCCCCCUAGUCCCUCUUGUGUAGGACCUGUGGCUUUUUACUUAGUUUGUCAGAUGAUGUAUCUAAUGGAAAGAGAAGAGGGGUUUGACACGCGGACUGUCAUCCCCAGCUCUGCUUCCAUAGAUGAGCAUUCCUCGGGGUCAGGCUGGUUUCUCCUGAACAUCUCUCUCGUCACCCCUGAGCCCCGCAAAACAUGCUUCUGCCUUCCCCCCGCCGUGCUUCAAGCUCUUGCAGCCCAGCGCUCACUGAACUCUGACUCACCUUCCACUCUUGCAGCCUUCCUCAUGAUUUGCACUCCUAGAACCUUGUCCUCAUGCAUUGCCUGGAACCUCCUUCUGGCAGAAAUGAAUGUUUCUCAUCUCCCACACAUUCCUUUCUCCAUUCUUUCAUUCAAAGAAUAUUUAUGAAAUGCCUACUGUUAGGCACUCAUCCUUGAAAAACAGUGAGGGAAAGGUGUAAAGGAGUCUAUGAGACAUACCUGCUUAAGUCAAAGCUGUGAAAGGCGGCCCCUUCCCCUCCCCCAUCUUAAUAGAAGUAUCUUUUUCCAGAACAGUCUUUCACAAACAGCAUUUCUCAUUUCUCGCUCUAAUGGAAUUGAUGAGUUUCGGGGCUGGGAGCUGAGUCACUCCCUUGACUGCAGGACCCCGUUUGGUGAUGGAGGGUUUUCAUUUAUGUUGUUACCCUGAAAGGGUGUACUGUUCAGGGGCCUGUGAUAGUGGCCAGUGUUUUCCUGAUACAUCUGUGUGCUCCUCAUGAAACUUGGCCAGCUCCAUGUUGCAAAUCAGAAAAUUGACCCCAAAGUUGCAAAUCCACUUGAGGUAUUGGCAUUUUGAAGGGCGGUUUUCCCAAGCGUGGACAAUGGCAGUCAUCAUCAGGCGCCAAGACAUAGGCCACUGAACCAAAAUCUAGGCCUUUGACCACCUCUGUGGCCAGGCGCUCACAUCUUCCGAGAAGAGUUGCUCGGCUGAAUGUCUUUGUCUUGCGUUUUCUCCUUUGCCCUUUCCCAAUUACUAACCAAAAGAAUCUGAUGCUGCCUGUAACGUCACAGCCACCGGUUCAGUACUUUCCCGCCAGCGAACCUUGACCGUCUCACUAAGUCACAUGGUCAGAUCUCCAGCUGUCCUGACUCCCUGCUCUAAAACGAUCUCUCCCCGUGAGAAGUUGUAGGGGGUUCCUUAUCAAAGGUUUAAAUGGACUCUGCUCAUAAACUUCUUACCGAGAUGCUUCCUGAUAGCAAGGCUGGCCAGAAUGGGGGUGCAGGGGUUAGGUUUUAAGUUGGUGAUCAUUUGCGGUCAGUUACCUCAAUUCUGUUUAUUUAUUGCACUGCCCAUAAAUCAUGUAGAUAGCCCCCAGUAUUUUGUGGCUGGAGUAUUAGAAUCUCACUUUAAAUACCAUAAGGCAAAGAACUGAAGUAUGAUAGCACCCUUCACAGGACUGCCGCAGAGCAGAGAAAGCAGAGGGGGCCACGCCCAGAGGGGUAGCCUGGCCUGGCACCAGCUGUCUGUUGUCUGGCUGGUCUGACAAGGCAUCACUCAGGUCUCUUUCUGGGUCCCGCCGAUUCGGCCUUUACCCUCAAAUACAACUCCUGCCACCCCUGCCCACAUGUUGCGUGACUCUCACUGCACCUUCUUCCUUCCCCUUCUCAUUUCAGCCCUCCCCAUUGCUCUCUCUCUAAAACUUUAUGGAAGUCCUCUAAACAAGUGCUGCUGAGAAGAAAAAUUUCUGGGGCCAGACAUCAUCUGUCUGAUCUCUAUGAACCAUAGCGGGGGAUCUCAUUCAUUCUUCCUAGUAUGUGGGGACUGUCCAGUCCUAGAUGAAAAUAGGCUCUAGCUAAAGCUUAAUGGUGAAUAUGACCUGAAUUUACAUUACAGGGGCAAAGUCAAUACAGUUUCUAGCAUUUAGAAUAUCUUACUGAGUUUAGCUCAUUCAUUGAGCUAGCAUUAACUAAAUGCACAAUUCCUAUCACACAAGGACUUGUCAUUUUGUGACCUUCUUGUGGUAUUCAGAGUUUCACAAGGUCACUCAAUCCAACCUGGAGCACAUGACUAAAGAAAUACAAUGUGACUUUCAUCUUUUCAUAUACCUCUACCCCAGGUACUCAUGGAGUUCUUGAUGAAGUAUCUGAAUUGAGAUUUACAAGGACAUUGGAUACCAUUUGAAAUAGAAAAGACUUUAAAUGGGCUUUAACAUAUUACGAAAUAUGAAUGGGAAUCCUGCAAUUCAUCUCAAUUCUAAUCUUUGACCUUAUACAUUACAACCUAAAGAAGAUCUAAGUUCUUUUCUCUUUUUCUUACACUUGGGCUUAAAAAUACCAAUAAGGCUAACUGGACUCAAGACCACCUUUGGUGUCGGUAGGGGCAAUGUGACAUGGCCCUUUUUGGCAAUGAAAGUGUUUGGUUUUCCACGAGGAGCUCAUUAGCUCACCCAUCCUCAAGAGUGAAAGAGAGAAAAGGAAGAGACGUCAUCACAGAGUUUUAGUCAACCGGGAAAUAAACCCCUCCCCUGUCGAUGGCCAUGAGUGGCAUCUGGAUUUGCUGCUAGAGAG